UUCUUGUUUGCUAAAGACACGGGUUCAAAACCCGCUGCUCACCUAAGUUUCUUCCGGAGUACGGAAAAAGAAAAACGGUGGGUGGGCCAAGAAACGAUGCGCUGUCUAUCGAACUCGAAACUUCUGGCAAUGCGUGGCGGAAGUGGCGCACCCGCAACACGCACACAAGAUUGUUGGAAAAAAGGUGGUUCUACUCGCCGCCAGCCGGUCGGGUUCUGGUUACCCCAAGAAGACUUCUCUUGCCUAGCAAACAAGAAGCCUCGAAAAAGGGGGGGGUUAUGUGGAGAACACCUUCAUAAAGGUUGAAACUCCCCAACGUCUGUCGAGGACGAAACCCUCUUUUCCACAUUUUCAGGGUAUCGAGAAGCGAUCACGGACGGGUUCCUUUGACCGUAGGGAUCAGAAAUCACUCUUCGAGUGUGUUUUCCUUGUCACUUUUUCAAAUCGGAACGGGGUCGAAAAAAAAAUAAUGAUGGCGAAAGAGAGAAGAAGAGAGGAAACGAGCUCUCUUUUCGGUUGGCCGGCAGUUUCGCGGUAUGCAUACAACAACGUCAUCGUACCAGGUGGGUUCCAUAUCAAAUGUUGGUGCGCGCCGAUUACGCGUACUACUCGACCUACGCAGCAUGUUGUUGUUGUUGUUGUUGUCUUCACAUUAAACCGUAUGUCAGUUGCUAAAUGCCAAAAUCUAGCAACAGACUCUCAGCCCGUGGUCACGAAAGUGCUAGAGCCAUCUGAGGAUCUAAGGAACACGCACACAUAUAACGAGGAAAUGGUAUCCAAGAGCCCGAAGAGGUACACCUCAAAAUCCCUGCAGCACCUAUGCGUGCCCAAAAACUGAAUGAACUGCACGUCCGUCCCACCUUUCGGCUACUGUAGCAUCGCCCCCUCCCUGUCCCACUCUAUACCAAAACGGAAGAUUGCCGACUA